AUGUCAACCUCUUCAGGCGAGCCGCGAAGGCGGUUCGCUCCGAUUCCCAUCGAGACCACCUUCGAAUCCAUUCGUCGCAAGGGCAACCAGCCCACCCCGGGGGGUCAUAUGCCGGAGCUGACUCCGGACCCUUCUCCCCGCGAAGGCUCUCCGAUCGAGGAGACACCUCGGGAGAAAAGGAGGUUUGCCCCGCAGCUCAUCGAAGCGUCCAGACGAGCCAGGCGUGUGGGUGACACGGGCCCGGCCACCAAACCCACCGACAAGACCGACAUUACCCCCUAUACCAAUCACAUCUACGUUCCGAAGAACAAGUCGAGGAGGAAGCUUGCCGAGUUGUCCGGUCCCCAUGACAUGCAGCAGCCCAAGGGCGCCAGGCGCGAGUCCGAGGACGAAAAUGCUUCCGACUACCUCCUCGAGUGGGCCGCGAAGGAAGCCGAGAGGGAGAUGCAAGAGGCCGCCCUCGCAGCUUUCCCCAACAGCCGCGCCCGCGAGGGUGGCGCCGCCCACUUCUACUUCCGCGAGAGCUCGGGCGACGACUCGACCUCUGCCGGCACUACCCCCUUGCUGCCGGGCCGAGUCCGCAAGCCUGUUGGCAACCAUACCCGUGUUAUGCGCCGCAAGUCUUCCGACCUGGGGUACUGGCACAAGUACAUGCAGGAGCACGCCGAGAAGCUGGCGGCGGAGAGAGGCGAGACCGAACUCUCGGAACCCGGCAAGGAUGUUGUCGACGACCUACACCAGCUGGACGACGACGAACUGGACAAGAUAGAGCUCGAAGGGCCGCCGGACCCGCUUUGGUUGACCAGCAGCGACAAAACGUCCGUGGCCUCGGCACCUCUGGCCCGCCACCCGGGCGAAGAUGUCAUGGCGCUGGAUGCGACGGUCGCGACCCCGACCGCGACCGCAACCGCGUCCGCGGACGAAGCACUCCCUCCUGUGCACGAUGCCUCCGUCUCGGACGUCGCUAGCGAAGCCUUUGGCGAGCCUCCUCCAGCGUGGUUCUUCCCCAAGGCGGGCGCCCCUUUUAUCCCCCGCUCGCAAAUACCCGCCGAGACGGGAUUCCGAAAUCAAAAUCAUCAUCGCGGGGGACUCGGUCGGCCUUUCGGCUUCGCUGCCGAAAGGGAGGACCCGCAGUUCAAGAAGAUGCGGAAAGCCGCCUCGCCACCGAUGCUGGGCCGGGAUCUGAAAUUCAGGAAGUGCCCAUCGCCCAAGCACACCAAGCUGGAGCCGGAACACGUCUUCCGAGAGGUACCUAUGGGCGACGAGCUGAACCGGGACGCGUCAGGUCAGCAAGGUCUGUGGAGGGGUUAUUGUUACAGGGGGAGCGACAGCGACGUGGACAUUGUGCCUUCGUCGCUCCAGGCGCCGAAGAUGCUGUCCACUCCGCACCCGCAGGGCCAAUCCGGCGACCCGUUCGCGCGCGCGUUCGGGUCGAAGCUCUCUUCGGAAGCGCCCGUCUCCCCCACGAACGAGCACCGCCUCAAGUCGGGCCAGGCGAAAGGGCUGCACAUGCUCCACGGGAUCGACGACAAGUUGCGGCGCGAGAAGGCGGUAUCCGACCGCGAGGACAAGAUCGCGGCCGAGUUCAACGACCCGUUCGUCACGCAGGUCUUCAACUACCUCUCCCUGGGGUGUCCGGCCACCGCGCGGGCGUUUGACGAGGAGUUGGCCAAGAUCUCGCGCAUGAGCGUCGAGGACCUCGAGAGAGAUGAUGCCGCGCAGAUGGCGGCGGGACAUAUCGUCGAGGCGACGCCGGAGUCUGUCCCCGAGGAGUCGAUGAACCCGAGGUGGCGGGCGCUCAAGUCGUAUAUCCACGAGUGGGCGAGGCAGCAUCCUGACUUGGAUUGUCUGGAUCCUCUGGCCUGGGGUGUCCGCGAGCGGAGGGGCAGUUGGGCGAUAUGA